GGGGGAGGGAGUGGAGGAAAGACACUGGCGUACUGCCAAUGUUGACGAAAGCUGCUUAGCCCACCCUGUUGCCAUGGAUACAGUGAGCAGCAGCACCCUGCCUGUGUGUGUUAAAGAGAGAGAGAGAGGCGGAGAGGCAGAGGGAGAGAGAGGAACAGGGAGGAAUAUAGGAAUAGGGAGGAGGCAGAGGGAAAACCAGAGCACUUGCAUUAGAGUAAGUCAGAGUGGGAGUGAAAGAGCAGCAGACAGCAGGCUGGAGAGAGGGUGUGAGUGUAUGUGUUGCCAGCAAGACGGAGGAGACAGGCAACCAGAGCGAUACAAGGAAAGGAUAGAGUGGGAGUGUUGGAGCGUGAUAUAAUGGAGGUGCAGUCUGAAUGUGUGGAGCCUCCUGUAGCUUCUCAGUGUGACCCCCAGCCAACAGGGAAGAUCAACAAAGCUGCCUUCAAACUCUUCGGAAAGAGACGCAACGGCUCUGGAGUGGCUAGCUUCUUCUCUUUCAGAAACAAAGGGGCCACAAAUAACAAUGGAAAUUCUGACAAUAGGAAUUCUUUGAAUGGUAAUGCUUCAGCAGCAGCAGUGGACAUCAUCAGGAGCAGAACCCAUGAUGGACUUGCAAUCUCCAACAACGACACUGAUGACCAACGAGGAGAAGGACUCGCCCACCAGGAACCAGGACCGGUGAGGUCUCUCAGCAAAUCACUGAGUUUCUUUUCUCUACUCCGACGAGGGAGUUUUAGAUCGAGUGAAAAUGGGGGGUCAGGGUUUUCCAGAAGAGGGAGGAGCCUAAAGGGCUUUUUCAGCAGCAUGCGAUGGAGACGCAAAACAAUUGAAGGCAAUGGGGAAGAAGUUGAAGGUAACAAGGAAAAAGAUGAGGACAGUACCAGUUCGCAAAUGGCUAAGGAUAUCACCCUAACCCUUGAACCACCCCCACUUCAUCACCAAGAGGAUUGUAAGAACGGAGAAGUAGAAGCUGACCUCCAAGAGACAGAGACUCCUAUUGCUAGCAUUAACAUAACACCCCCACACUGUGUUGCCAUGACAGGUCCAUCUGUUGAGCCAGACUUCUCCCAUCCUUACUCUCCAACUGACUCUCCACUCCACGUGACUGUUCAAAAAGCCAAAGCCUCUGCUUCAAGUCUUACCCCCUCCCUCGCAACACCUCCUUUAGAUCGAUGCAGCACGGGCGACGCACCUUCGGAACCAUCAGUGGACAGACUCUGCUCUCUUCUCUUCACUGACGUCACAUCUCUCAAAAGCUUUGAUUCACUAACGGGCUGUGGCGACAUUAUUGCAGAUGCAGAUGAUGAUGGUCCGGGGGGUAACGGUGGCAGUGGCACAAGCAGCAGUAGCAGUGGGGGAGGAGGAGUAUCUGGGGGAGCAGGUGUUGGUAGAGCUUUUUCUACAUCACGUGGAUCCCCGUCCAAACCCCCUUUGCCACCCCAGCUCACCCAACACAUGUUUUCUGUUGCUUCAACCUCAGCCCCGGCCUCCCUCCCAGCACGUACCAGAGCACCACCUCCACCUCAGCAGCACCCACCUGGCAGUGGCGUGGUGGCUUAUAUGGGUGGAGGGGAGGAAAUGGCUAGUCCAGAGGGAGUGGAUGAUGCAGACAUGCAAGGACUUUGGCACAUGCUGCCUUCCACGGAGGAUAACUCUCCAGCCUUACCCAGAUCACAUCAGGCCCCCUCCACGACCCCCACAACUACUUAUAGCCCUCACACCAACCUUUCAGGCAGCCACCUUCCUCAAGCCCCCAGAAGUUCUGACAGAAAGAUACCCCAGGUCAAGGGGUUGGGGCUCAGUAAAAUACCAGUGGUUGGUGGAGCAAAUCGAGGUUCCAAGCCCACCCUCCCUCACACACAUAGUCGUCAUCCAACAUCUCCUGGGGACAAGGAGCUUCUCAGUGAUGAGGGCUACUGGGACACGCCCUCGGCAACACCCACAGCCACACCUGAUGAAAGUGGGCUGCAACGUAACCAGAGGAGAGCUCUCUCACGUGACAGCUGCUCUGGAGACCAGCUGUACGACCUCUACAAUGAUCCGGACGAUCAGGAAGAUAAUGAAGAGAAGGAUGGUGAAGAAGACCUCAACAGCACCCCAUCUCCAUCUACCGAAUACAAACUCAGUAGCCCCACCUCUCAGACAACUAUUCCUUCCUCCUCUUCCUCUUCCUCUUUCCAAAUGCUAAAAGGCAGCACCAACCUUCCACGGGAAUCCAAGAUCCCAGUAAGCAGCAGACAAAUGUCACCUACGUCCUCAGUCAGCCAGUCUGCUCUGUCAUCAGUUCUUGAAGCGGAACCGCUAUCACCAAAGACCGAGGCUCCUCCACCAGCUCGCACCAGAAUCCCUGUGUCAAAGGUGCCUGUCCGUCGUUCUGGAAACAAACCCAGCAGCAGAGGAAGUGCCCGCAAAAAGUAGUUUGCACCAGACUGGUUUUUCUCUCCAAACCUGUGGGAUAUUCCUACAGUACAGUUUUUGUAGGGCCACAAGGUUUUUCUCCACCCAGAAAGAGCUGUGGACAUAGCGGCCCGUAAAUUCCUUACAGAUCUUGAAAGCACUCACUCCACGAGUGUUCUAGCUUAUGGCAAAUAAAGAAAAAGUUUUUUUUUCUUCACAUGAGAAAGUCACAUGUGCCCUCCAAAAAUGCUGGGUUAACAUUUCAUGGCUUCAUAAAGUAACUUUGGAUGUUGACUCUUGACAAUCCAAGAAUUUGCUACAGACACAUUGCCUGUGACCUCUCUGGAAAACUGCUGACCUGCUGACACUUUCUGAUUCAGCUCCUGGCUGCAAAAGCAGAAAUAAAGGACCUUUGUUUAUGGGACUCUGUAUGGUAUAAUUUUCUCCUGUGCACCUAGUUGGAUCAAAGUCUUUUUUUCAUUCAACUUUGCUGAUUUGCUUAAUCUGUAACAGAUUACCUCCUAAUAAUCCGAUUUUUAUAGCCAAAGUUCUGAAAUUAUCCCUUUUCCAAAAAGGUUUUUUCAAAAUAGUUUUGAAGAAUCCAGGAAAAAUUUCACAUGACAACCACACCACCCUGGGGAACACUGUUUUUUUUUUUGUUUGUUUGUUUUUUUUUUUGUCUUUUUUAAAAGUCAAUCCUUUUUGACUACAAAAUGAACUAAAAUAUGUGAAUAAAUGAACACAACCACGGAACAGGAUCUAUUUUGCAACUCCAAAAAUCAGACGAGCUUCAGUGCAGAAGGUCACGUUAGGUUUUUGAAGAAAGACCUUCACUUUGUUUCUGGAAGGACUUCAACAAGAUGCUAAUCUCUGGGAUUUACAGCUGUUUGGUUACACUAUCGCAAUACUUCACAAGGACAACGACAGCACCCACACAUAAAUACACUCACUUGUUCACACACACACACACACUCUCUAUAUCACACAAAAAAUAUCUCUUUCUUUGCAUGGAGUGCUACACAUGGGGCACGAAAGUCAGGAAAAUCAUCACACACUGACCUAUCAUGAACAUAUACACAUUGUCUUUAGCCUCUGGCUCUGUCUUUGUAGCUACACUGGAUAACUCUCUUCUCAUUUGUCAUGUUCACAAAGAGAUGAUCUUUUUUAGCUGACAUUUCUUCACUGGAUUUCAUAUUUCAUUUGUUUUUUUAUAAACAGUCAUACUGCACAGAUCCUAAACUGUGAUUGCACCAGCUUUUUAAUACACUGCUGACACCUACUCCCUUCUCUGUCUGUAGUACCUGUUGUAAAACCACAGUGUGGGAACUGCCAUGGCUGUGUAAGAAUCUGAAUGUAGCCGAUGUCGUUGUAGGUUGGCAUACAGUAUAUUUCCUCAUGUCAGUUUUGUUUGCUUCUUUGUCCCCCUUCUUUCGUUGGGGGUCAAGACAAACGGUGGAAUUCACUGUUUACCAAGCUGCCCACGCUCCGAAAAACAGACACACUAGUCUGCAGUGUUCGCAGCCUUGCGAAGCCCACUUGUAAUACGAAUGACCAGUGUGUGAUGCAGUCAUGAAAGGCCUUUGUCAGUGAUCCACUGAGGCAAGUUACAGAGGGCAAAGUGCCUCCCCCUCUACCCUCUUAUCUUUUAGUACAAGAGAGAUUUUCAUAGACAACUGGAGAUCAUAUUAGUUUUCUCUAAUCCAAAACCACAAGGGUUCCAGUGACUCUGCGGGUCAUUCUGCAGCGUGAAAGCUUUCUGUUUCAUUUACAGCACGGUGAUUGAUCCAAAACACUGCACCAGGUUCAAAUAUCUUUGUAGGCUCUGAAGGAAAGAGUAAACUGACCCCACGUCUGCAGUGAGACUAUUUCUUGUCAAAUAUAAAGGACGGAGACAAUGGUCAACAGGGUAAAAGGAAAAUGAUAACGACUGUUAUUUUUGGGUUGGGUUUUUUUUAAAUUUGCCGUACUAUCAGUUUCACUGUUCUUGCCCAAAAUGAGCGGGGGCGGGGGGGAAGAAUGUGCCAUAGAGUAAGAUGAUAAGAGACUUUUUCAUCUUAGAUGAAAAUGUUGUCAUGAAAAGUUGACCCACCCAAGAGACUGCUGAGAUACAUUAGGGAACAUCAGAAUUAUAAUAUGAAAUUUUAUUUUAAAUAAUGAGUUUUUUUUUAAGUUAAUGCUGAUUAAAAUGCCACCAAGUUUGGGAUAUUUUGGACGUUUUUGUUUCUAAGGAAUGACAUUUAAAUGUCAUUCCAAUUUAAAUGUGACUUAUCCAGUACUGUGAUCAACAAGUUGUGACCAACAAGACUGAGUGACUGCACCUUUGGCUUCCUUUUCUUGUUUUUCUUUUCUUUUUCACCUGGUCAAUAAUUAUCUACUGGCUGACCGAUUAUAAACCUGGAUCUGUGUGUGACCAUUGCUUGGAAAAUACGUUGUUUUUCUAUUCUUUGAAUCACUUAUUUUACAGUGUAACAACCUUCCAUUUUUCAUAUUUGAUGAAUAAAACAGUUUUUGCGCUGA